CAUUAGAGUUGGAAUUAGGUUGUAAUAUUGGUCAAAUUCAAAGAGAUAAAGGCUGAAAUUUAGCUUCAAACCCGCCUGCGACAAAGCUUUCGACCCGGUUCGGUUUUCCUCCCUUUUUGGUCCGGUUCGUGCUGUUUCAAGCCGGUUUGGGUUCUUGGAGGUCCGGUUUGAAGAGGUUCGAGGUCGGUUCAAGUUUCUACAAAAAAAUUUUGUAAUAAUUUAGUUUAAUUUAGUUGUAAGGAUGCCAAAACCGGUCCAAUUUAAUUGUUGAUUUAAUUAUGCAUUAUGAAUGUAUGAAUUAAAUGUUUUAUAUUGAAUGUGCAUAAUGUAUGCCAUUUAGAUUUAAAAUCCCACCAUAGGAUUAAGCAUGUAUCAUGCAUGAGAUAUCUUAUAAGUAGUUAUAAUGUAUAGUAUGCAUGAUAGAUUCAAAUUAUGAUUUGAAUGUAUGGUUAUGGAGCAUGCCUAUAGUUUAUAAGUGUUAUAAAAGAGAUAGACRUUAAAAUCCAUAAUAAAGAUAAUAUGCAUGCUCACUUAGGGUUAAAUGGCCAAUGCAAAAGUUUUCAUAGGCAAAAACUAGGUCGUUACUCAUAAAUUGGUAAAACAUGAACACUCACCCGAUAAAAUCUUGUCUAUGGCUGGGGGUAUUUAAGUUGACGGUUUACGGAACACCCCCUACCUGGAGAUUGAGUCGGUUCUUGAGUUGCGUUAACCAAUUUCAUGAGCAUGCGUGAGCGGUGUGAGGUAAUAAAAUUGGUUUAUCACUUAGACAUCGUAGGUUUAAAUCCAAUAUAAGAGUUACAUUUGGAUGAAUCACUAGACUUAGGAUAUGUUUAUUUAGCCUGAAUAUAUGCCUAAAGUGAAAAUAUACCCUAAAACCGUCUAGAACACUUUAGCUGGAGAUUAGUAACGUACUAUUAGCUCUAGCAUCCCUAAGAGUUCACAGCGUGAGAUCCAUGCUUGGCUUCGUGCCGCCCUAGGAGCGGCCUCCCUUCGGAGAGUGUUUGCAUGGGUUAUGAACAGGGUGAAUAGGGGAAGUAGUUCAUAGUAAGUGGGUGAAGGAUUAGUGUCAACAAAAUCCUACGGUCUCUUCCAUUAGGUCGCACCGUGAGAGUCCUAUAAUGCGCCUGCAUGUCUGCCCUGGAGCGACCUUACCAAUCGGAGGGUGGUAUUAUAGGAUUCGGAACACCGCGAACUCCUAAAAGGAUAGGAUUUCUUAGAUUCGUUUUCAAUCUUGACUUUCCAAUUUCGGGAGCAUAUUGAUCCUAAUCUUAGAAGUCUAAAAGUGGAAGGUCACACUUACAAGAAUUACUAAGAGUUAGUAUAUUCUUGACCAAACCAAACGAUAACUAAAGGCUAUAGGAAUAACAGUUAUUCUGGUAUUAGCAUUUAGUCAAGAUUGUCUUAAUUCAAUGGAGGAAUGGUUGACUGCCUCUCGGUGGAGGCUGUUCUAAACCAUUGAAGUAUCGUUGCAAAUAUAAAUAAAAAUUGGGUACUUUAUUAGAAUUUGCUAAACUUAAAAUUGGAUUUAGAAACUACUAUAAAGUAUGUUUGUUUUUCAGCAUGAAUAGCUCAAUAGUUCAACUCUUAGCUUCGGAAAAACUAAACGGGGUCAAUUAUUCAACGUGGAAAAACAAUCUCAAUACGAUACUAGUCGUCGAUGACCUACGAUUCGUCUUAACUGAGGAAUGUCCACAAACCCCUGCCACAAAUGCCAACCGAAAUGUUCGGGAAGCAUUUGAUCGAUGGGUCAAGGCCAACGAUAAGGCCCGUGUCUACAUUCUUGCCAGCAUGACUGAUGUAUUGGCAAAGAAACAUGAACCCUUGAUGACUGCAAAGGAAAUCAUGGAUUCAUUAAAGGCGAUGUUUGGGGAACCUUCAUCGACCUUGAGGCACGAGGCACUUAAAUAUGUUUACAAUGAGCAUAUGAAGGAGGGGACCUCUGUUAGAGAACAUGUCCUGGACAUGAUGGUCCACUUCAAUACUGCUGAAGUGAACGGGGCCACUAUUGAUGAAGCAGCAGAGAAAGCAACGACAGGAAACUAGUUCCUGGAAGAAGCUGGAAGAAGGCGAGAUAAUUCUCAAAGUUGGAACUGGAGAUGUUGUCUCAGCCAAAGCA